AUGUCCUUAAAGAAGAAAGUUAACAAGAAGAGGAAGCUAAAGAAAAGAUCUCUGACGGACCGGACGCCAAAAUCCCUAAGCAGUUAUAGGUUACAGAGAAAUUGGAUCAAAAUUCUCAUCGCGAGAGAUCGGAGAGCCUUUGAAAAGAAUCUUUUGAACCGUGCCACGAUUAAUCCCAAAAUCCUUUACAGCUGCCUAAGACAGCGCACACGGAACAAAGAUCCCGUCCCACUGCUGCAAACGGCUGAGGGUGCGGAAAUCUCCGAUGACAAGGAUAAGGCUGAACAUUUCUCUCAGUUCUUCCGGUCAGUCGUGACAAGUGAACCUGAUUUUUUCUCACCCACUUAUGAAUGCGACGAAACGCCUACCCUCGAAGCCGUCUUCGUCACCGACACAAUUGUUCGGAAUGAAUUACUAAACCUAAAAGAAUUAACCUCCUCAGGCCCUGAUGUAAUUCCGGCCAAGAUGCUGAAGGAGCUGGCUCCCGAAAUGUCCAAGCUGUUAACCUUGAUCUUCCAAAUGUCAUUUGUUACUCGGUGCCUGCCCUCUGACUGCAAGUCCGCUACCAUCACUCCGCUUUUUAAGGGUGGAAGUUGUGCGUCUGCAAAUAACUACAGGCCAGUGAGUCUUACCUCCAUCUGUUGUAAAAUCAUGGAGAAGAUCAUAAAAAAGGCCUUGAUGGAGUUCCUCGAGCAGCACAACCUCCUCUCCGAUGCCCAACACGACUUUCGAAGUGGUAGGUCCUGCCUCACGAAUCUGCUCUUUACGCUCGAACGCUGGACCAAAGCACGCGAUGAAGGCAAUGUGGUGCACGCCAUCUACAUCGACCUCAAAAAGGCUUUCGACAGCGUUCCUCACCAACGUCUCUUGUACAAACUGCACAACGCUGGAAUUCGUGGACGCCGUCUUGUAUGGAUCCACAGCUUUUUGGCUGGACGGUCCCAAAUAGUGCAGGUCCGGCGUCAGCAGUCCUCAGAUGUAAGCGUGGUGAGUGGCAUCCCACAGGCCUCAGUCUUAGGUCACACGUUAUUCCUCGUUUUCAUAAAUGACUGCAUCGAGGAGCUAGACUGUGAUGUCAUCCUGUUUGCCGACGACGUGAAAUUGUGGAAAGUUAUUCACAAUGCGGCAGACGCAGCCCACCUGCAGUCCUCUAUGAGAUUGGAUAACUGCUGGCAUUCCAUAAUUCCUGGUUAA